AUGUAUGUGAAAUGGUUUGAUACAGGAAUGUUAUACUAUGUGAUUUUAGUGUAUUUAGUGAAUGUCACUUUUUGUCAUUUUUAAAUUUCCCACCAGUUCCAUCCCCCGUACGUCCCAACGUCGCAUGGGGACGGAACCCAGAAGAGAGAUGCCGGCAUCCGCCGGAGGACAUUGCAGGGGACACUGCAGGAGGGACAUCCCAGGAGCGCAGGACAAGGUAAGUGAAGAACAGAUCCCGGAGCAACGCUGCAUGGUAAGCCCGGGUGUAGCUCGGGGUUACCGCUUGUGCUACACUCGAGAAUACCGCCAGGGAGGCUAC